CAAUGUCAGCAUAUUGCCCCCAAGAAUCUGCGUCCUCAUUUUAUCGACCUCGGAAGGAUGGAAGUCUGAGUCAACCUUGAACUGGUCAGAAUUGAACUCCUAGCUAGGCAAAGUUUGCCUACGAUUCUCCUUUUCUACUCUGCCACUAGUUAGAGAUUUUUUACAUCUCAAAAACCUGGCAUUUUAAUGGUGUGUAGCACUACAGCUGGACUCACCCUCAAGAUGCAAGUUGGAUUUGUUUCUUUCCAAAUCAUUCUCUCUCUGCUUAGAAGAGAAACCAAUAGAGCUCUUACUCUCACUCCCUGAAUUUCAUUACUAGAGUUUGCAGAUCCUCUUACUGGCAUCUAUGAAAGUAGUGUCAUCCUCACACUGCAGGUCAGGGAUGUUUCUUCCUCCAAUUUUACAACAAAGCUCAUCUUCUGUCCAACUUCCUUUAAUGCCUGUUCAGCAUAUAAACUGAAUAAAUAAGGGGAGAAUAUACAGUCUUGCCUCAUGCCUUGGCCAAUCUAGAGGCAGUCUGUUUUGCUAUAUUCUGUCCAUUAUAGUUUCCUAACCUGAAUAAAAGUUUCUCAUGAGAACAAUGAAAUGUUGUAGGAUUACCAAUUUUUUAAACUUAAUAUGACUAACAUAGUUAAAGGCCUUUCAAUAUCAAUUAAGCAUAUAUUGACUUCUUUUGGGGGUUGGGUUGGGUUUCUCUAUUAUCCAGUGUGCACCAGCAAUAAUGUCUCAUGUUCCUCAUACUUUUCUAAAGCAAACUUGAACAUCUGGCAUCUCUUUGUCAUGCAGGGCUUUAAUCUGCAUUGCAUGAUCUUUACUAGAAUGCGACAUUAAGGAUAUAAUGAUAGUUUGCACACUAUUAAAUCUCCUUUUAUUUGGUAUUGAAAUGUAGAUUGACCUCUUCUGAUCUGUUUACCAAAUCUGUGCCCUUCUCUAAAUUUGCCAGCACAGCUUGGUUAGAACCUUUACCGAUUUUUAUUUUUUUCCUUGCCAUAUUUCUGUGCUGCAUCGGAUUGACAGACAAAAUUAAAUUCCACUAUAUUCAAUCUCCCAUUAAUGCUCUGGUCAAAGUCAUAUACACUGUAGAAAUCAAUAAAGGGUUGAAGGUUGGAUGAGACUUGACAGGGAAAAAGAGAACUAGUUAAAGACCACCUUGAGUAUGGGCGUGGAUCCUAGAGGAAAUUCUAAGCAAACUGAAAAUAAGACCUGCUUUUCGGUUCAAGUUUAUAUUUCUUCCACUUACAAUUUGAUUACUCCAUUGUACAAUGAAUUGCAAACGACUAACGUGGUCUCUGCUGCAAUCCUCUUUGCCGUCCGGGGCAAACAACGGCAUAGAAACCGCUCGCUUGCGUCUCCAGUGGAACGAGUGACCGUUUAACGGUCUUCGGCGGCGGAAAAUCAGAAGAGCACGAAAAAGCGUUUUGCGCCUGCGCGCGGAGCCUUCGAUUGCUCGCGCUCGCGUUUGACAGCUGUGCAUUGUUCGCUCUCCCUUCGGCUGGCACGUGAGGAGCGCCUCAUUGGAGUGUAUCCCAGCGGGGUUGCUGGUCUGGGGGACAGGGAGGAGGAGGAGGAAGAAGGUGGCGUUUCAGAACGGCCUCUCCGAUGACCCUCAGUUUACUGCGGGGCCGGCGCUAUGGCUGCUCUAUACCAGAGUGCAGACCCAUCGGCCUCGGCUUCCCCGAAUAAGCUGCUGGCGUUGAAGGACGUCCGGCAAGUGAAGGAGGAGACUACCCUGGACGAAAAACUGUUCCUGCUGGCCUGCGACAAAGGUGAUUAUUACAUGGUGAAGAAGCUUUUAGAAGAGAAUAGUACUGGUGAGAUGAACAUAAAUUGUGUGGAUGUACUUGGGAGAAAUGCUAUUACCAUAACUAUUGAAAAUGAGAAUCUAGACAUUCUACAGCUUCUGUUGGAUUAUGGCUGUCAGUCUACAGAUGCAUUAUUGGUGGCCAUUGACUCAGAAGUUGUGGGAGCUGUUGAUAUAUUGCUUAAUCAUCGACCAAAGAGAUCCAGUAGACCAACAAUUGUUAUUUCUGUCUGUUUGUUGCAGAAAUUAAUGGAACGUAUUCAGAAUCCAGAAUACUCAACAACUAUGGAUGUGGCACCUGUCAUUUUAGCUGCUCACCGUAACAACUAUGAAAUUCUUACAAUGCUCUUAAAACAGGAUGUGUCGCUACCCAAACCUCAUGCUGUGGGGUGUGAAUGUACAUUGUGUAUAGCCAAGAACAAAAAAGAUAGUCUACGACACUCCAGAUUUCGUCUUGAUAUUUAUCGAUGUUUGGCUAGUCCUGCCUUAAUAAUGUUGACAGAAGAGGAUCCAAUUCUGAGAGCCUUUGAACUUAGUGCAGACUUAAGAGAAUUAAGCCUUGUAGAAGUUGAAUUCAGAAAUGAUUAUGAAGAACUGGCCCAGCAAUGCAAAACUUUUGCUAAAGAUUUGCUUGCUCAGGCACGGAAUUCCCGGGAGCUUGAAGUUAUAUUGAAUCAUACUGCAAAUGAUGAACAUGUGGAUAAACGAGGAUUACUAGAAGAGAGAAUGAAUUUGAGUCGCCUAAAGCUUGCCAUUAAGUAUAACCAAAAGGAAUUUGUUUCUCAAUCUAAUUGCCAGCAGUUUCUCAAUACUGUCUGGUUUGGACAAAUGGCUGGUUAUCGCCGCAAGCAUACAUUUAAGAAGAUUUUGACAGUCUUGACAGUUGGCAUCUUUUGGCCUCUACUAUCUUUUUGCUAUUUACUGGCACCAAGAUCUCAAAUAGGCAGAAUAAUUCAUACUCCUUUUAUGAAAUUUAUCAUUCAUGGCGCUUCUUAUUUUACAUUUCUGUUAUUGCUUAAUCUGUAUUCACUUGUCUACAAUGAAGAUAAGAAAAACACAAUGGGACCAGCAUUGGAGAGAAUAGACUAUCUUCUAAUACUGUGGCUCACUGGAAUGGUAUGGUCAGAUGUUAAAAGACUUUGGAAUAAUGGAUUGGAAGACUUUUUAGAAGAAUCACGAAAUCAACUUAGUUUUGUCAUGAAUUCUUUGUAUUUGGCAACUUUUACUCUCAAAGUAGUUGCCCAUAAUAAGUUCCAUGAUUUUGCUGAGAGGAAGGAUUGGGAUGCUUUCCAUCCUACACUUGUGGCUGAAGGACUCUUUGCUUUUGCUAAUGUUCUCAGUUAUCUCCGACUGUUCUUCAUGUAUACAACAAGCUCCAUCCUGGGUCCACUUCAGAUUUCAAUGGGGAAGAUGUUGCAAGAUUUUGGGAAAUUUCUUGGUAUGUUCCUUUUGGUAUUGUUCUCAUUCACAAUUGGGUUGACUCAACUUUAUGAUAAAGGAUUUACUGUCAAUGAAGAGAAGGACUGCACUGGGAUUUUUUGUGAGCAGCAAAGCAACGACACAUUCCACUCGUUUAUUGGCACCUGCUUUGCUCUGUUUUGGUAUAUAUUCUCCCUUGCACAUGUAGCUGUAUUUGUCACCAGAUUUAAUUAUGGUGAAGAAUUGCAAUCUUUUGUGGGUGCUGUUAUUGUUGGCACAUACAACAUAGUAGUUGUGAUUGUUCUUACCAAACUUUUAGUGGCGAUGCUUCAUAAAAGUUUUCAGCUAAUAGCAAAUCAUGAGGAUAAGGAAUGGAAGUUUGCUCGUGCGAAGCUGUGGCUUAGCUAUUUCGAUGACAAAUGCACACUACCUCCACCUUUCAAUAUUAUUCCUUCUCACAAAACAAUCUGCUACAUAUUUAACAGUCUCAGUAAAUGGAUUUCUUCUCUUACAUCAUCGGGCAAAGUUAAGCGGCAGAACAGUUUAAAGGAAUGGAGAAUUUUGAAGCAAAAGAGAGAUGAAAAUUACCAAAAGGUGAUGUGUUGUUUAGUCCAUCGUUACUUGACUUCCAUGAGACAGAGAAUGCAAAGUACUGAUCAGGCAACAGUAGAAAACCUGAAUGAACUUAGACAAGAUUUAUCCAAAUUCCGAAAUGAAAUGAGAGACUUGCUUGGUUUUCGAACAUCAAAAUAUGCCAUAUUUUAUCAAAGAAACUAAUUUUCAAACUUUUCUAAUGAUUCCACUCAGGCACUUAUAUUUGCAGUGUGUUCAAAAGCAGUAAUUUUAUUAAUAUACUUUUAAAAUGCAAUGGAAAAACUGUUGCCAGAUUCUGUGGUGAAACAGUAACUGGUGAUUUUGAAUUAAUGUGAAGCUUCUGAUGUAUAUAAUUUGUAAACUGUAUAUAGUCAGCUAAAUGGAAAUAUUUUGUUAUAUGUCAGAUUUGAUAUUAUCAUAGAGACAAUGACUAAUUUAAGUGUACACUGUUGCACUUUGGAGAUGAUGUUUAAUUUUUUUCUCUUUCAAGUAUAAAAUGAAGGCACAAAUUAUUUCUGACAUGUUUUCAACAAUUGUACCUUUCUAAAUUAAUAUAGACAUGAACCAGUUAGGAACAUAUUUUUAAAAGCUACAUUUCUGAAAAAAACUAUCAAAUUAGUUUCAUAUAAUACCAUUUAAAAAGAAUUCUUUUGGAGUUGGAAUAAUAUUGAAAGGCCAUAUUACCAUCCCUGUGACAUUUUGGUCCUCAGAGACUAAUGAAUGAUAUCAAAAAAAUUAAUACUUUGGAAUUGACUUUAUGGUUUUAUUUUUAUUUUAUAUUUUUGUAAAAUGAUGGCUAAAAUUUCCUAGAGAUAAUCUGAAGGUGCCAUUUUUAUCUAUAUCUCCAGCACCUAUUUAUAUCAAGUUAUUUCCAAGAUGCAAUACUUGAAAUAAUGGAUUUCAACAUUCAUAUUCCUGUAGAUAAUUCAACAGAAUUAGCUGUACACAUGGUACUUCUGUUGAUUGUAUUAAAAAUUAAUCUUCAUUAUAAAAAUAAUAUUGAAAUAUUUGAAAUAUUUUAUCCUCUUAAAAAUAUUUAUAGUAAAACACUUUACUAGUGUAAUGGAUCAAGUAAAGUGCAAGAAAUGUAUUUUCACUGUUUUCAUUGAAAGCACACCAUAUUUAGGCAGAUUACCUUCUCCAUGUUUGAAAAAAAUACUGUUUGAAGUCAUUUGUUUUAAUCUCAUACUUAUUUUUAAAAUAUACUUUACCUUGGAGUUUCUUAAUGUAUAUAUUGAUACCCUGUUUAAUUAUGUUUAUUUAUUUUCUAAAUGUACUAAUUGAAUAUUUCUAUUAAAUUCUGCAAACUAUGGCUAACAGGUGCUGGUCAUCUAAGUAAUUGCUAAAAA